AUGGCGCCUCUCGACAUAUUACCUACCCGGGUCAGAGGCGCGCUCGUCGGUGCCAUAUUGCAUCUGACAUUAAUCUUAUUCCUAAUAAACAGUGGCUACGGUUCACCUAUUCAGAAUCCAGAGUCGAUAGAAUCUUCCGAUCCGAGCAAUGCAGAUCAGUUCGAUGCUGAGGCGGACCCGAUCGUCGCUCGUGUGCCGAUCACGCCCUCCGUGGAGGAUGCCGGGAUAGCAACACCAUCAUCAACAUUAUCCAGACGAUCCAACUCGUUUCCCACAGCCUUUGACACUCUUGGGAACAAUUUCACAUCCUCCAGUUGCCCCAACUUCUUCGAAACCUUCCUCAACGAUACCGCAUAUCAAUCAUGCCACGCGAUUUCUCCUCUUCUUCAAAACUCGAAUUCAUUUUUCAAGAUGAUGAGCUCGGCGACCACUCUCGAUGGCGUCCUUGGUACCUCAUGCUCGGCCAAUAUUACCUCGUGCUCCACGUUUAUGACCGGCCUAGCUUCCAAGCUCAUCAACAACGACAACUGUGGUGCCGACUACCAGUUGGGAAAUCCCACCGUCACACAGGCAUACGACAGUUUGGUAUCCUACCAACCCAUUGCUACCGCUGCAUGUCUCAAGGAUCCAUCGACCGAGGAGUUUUGCUUCACGGAAGCCGCCACAAAUAGCUCCAACGUAUCCAACUACUACCUCUACCUCCUCCCGCUGGGCAAUUCCCUCCCAGGUGGCAGCCAACCAACCUGCAAUAAAUGCACGCAAGCAACGAUGCAAGUAUUCCAGGAGUCGGCGGUGCACAAGGGGAACCCUUUGGUCGACACAUAUAUUCCUGCUGCUCAAAUCAUCAACGUCGACUGCGGGCCCUACUUCGUAAAUGCGACCGUCAAUGUAGGCAGCCAAGCAUCCACCUCCUUGGCAAACUCCCAGCGAAGGAGUAUCUCGUCAUCGGCGGCUAUUGCUUGCCUGGUUUCUUUCUCAGGAGUGCUUCUAGCAUCAUUAUGA